AUGUUAGGGUCAUUAUACAAGUUAGCUAAAACAUUGGCUCAAUUUGGAUUGGGGAUAGCAGCAUUAGCAUUAUCAGCUUUAUAUUUUUAUCAAAAUACUAUAAUUUAUCCUGCACUGGUGAAUGAUGGUCAUGGAUAUUGUGCAACCCCAGAUGAGUACGAUAUACCGUACGAAUUAGUUCAAUUAAAGACUCCAGAUGGAGAAACCUUACAAUGUUAUUCGAUGAAACAAGACUCAAAAGAUCCAUCAUAUACAAACAAGACUAUUUUGAUACUAUCACCUAAUGCAGGAAAUAUUGGGCAUGGUUUACCAAUUGCAUCAAUUUUUUAUAAACAAUUUGGAUAUAAUGUUUUUAUUUAUAGUUAUAGAGGAUAUGGUAAAUCUACUGGAUCACCGAAUGAAAUUGGAUUAAAAAAAGAUGCAGAUACAGUUAUGGAUCAUUUAACAUCCGAUUCUCAAUAUCAACAAUCAUCAAUUAUAUUAUAUGGUAGAUCAUUAGGUGGAGCAGUUUCAAUAUAUAUUGCAGCUACAAAAUCUUCAUCAAUUCAUGCAAUAAUAUUAGAGAAUACAUUUUUAUCAAUACGUAAGACAAUACCUCAUAUUUUCCCAAUUUUGAAAUAUGCAGCUGGAUUUGUACAUCAAAAAUGGGAAUCAGAACUAUUAGUUAUAAAUAUUCCUUCAUCAAUACCAGUUUUACUUUUAAGUGCUAGAAAAGAUGAAAUUGUACCGCCAAGUCAUAUGGACGAAAUUUAUAAUUUAUUACAAAGUGAUUAUAAACAAAUGUAUAAGUUUGAAAAUAGUUCACAUAAUGAUACAGUUUUACAAGCAACAUAUUGGGAUAAAAUUCAUCAAUUCAUUAGAGAUAAAGUUAAUCCAGUAGGUUUGUAG